GAUUCUCACUGCCAAAACCUCCAAAUACUGGCUUUCUCGAUUUAGUUUCCGAAACCCUAAUCUCGAUCUCUUCGUCUCGAAUCGUCCGGCACACGCGUAUUACUACUGAAUCGACGACGAUGUCGAUGUCGAAGAGCUCCAAGAUGCUCCAGUUCAUAAACUACAGGAUGCGAGUCACCAUCCAAGACGGAAGGCAGCUCGUCGGCAAAUUCAUGGCCUUCGACCGCCACAUGAACCUCGUCCUCGGCGACUGCGAGGAGUUCCGCAAGCUUCCGCCAGGCAAAGGCAAGAAGAUCAACGAAGAGAGAGAGGAGCGACGCACGCUCGGCUUGGUCUUGCUCAGAGGCGAAGAAGUCAUCUCCAUGACGGUAGAAGGACCGCCUCCUCCCGAAGAAUCUCGCGCUAAAUCCGGCCCAGCAGCGGCUCUCGCUGGGCCUGGAGUGGGCCGUGCUGCUGGACGUGGAGUGCCUACGGGUCCGCUUGUCCAAGCUCAGCCUGGGCUUGCAGGCCCGGUUCGUGGAGUUGGUGGGCCUUCGCCUGGGAUGAUGCAGCCUCAGAUCUCUCGGCCUCCGGUCAUGAGACCUCCUGGACAGAUGCUUCCGCCGCCUCCUGCUUUUGGUCCGCCGAUGGGGAGAGGUAUUCCUCAAGGUCCUCCUCCUCCGGCUUAUGGUGGUAUGAGGCCGCAGUUUGGUGGACCGCCGCCUCCGUAUGGGCAGAGGCCUAUGGGUCCUCCUCCUGGUGCGAUGAUGAGAGGUCCUCCUCCACCUCCUCAUGGGAUGCAAGGUCCGCCUCCGCCUAGGCCUCCUCCUGGUGGUUUUGCUCCGCGUCCCGGCAUGCAAGGGCCGCCGCCUCCGCAUAAUCAGCAGCAGUAAAAGAUAAAACCUUGUUUAGAGAGCUGUGGGGCAAACGCAUUCAGCUUUUUGUGGAUGAAGAAGAAACUUGUGGACGCAUCAAAAGACUGAAGUGUGGACUACUCGGAUUAUCUUUUAUGUCAGGCUUAUGAAUUUUGGAUAUAUAAAGUCAUUAUCUGUUUGAAAUCUUAUCUCGAUUCGGAGUUGUAUGUGUCUUGUCUCUUCAUCAUCUUCCAAUGUUAAGAGGACUAAUCAAGUUUAGCUGAUAAAUCGAAUUCUUCAACCUUUA